AGUCCAAGGAAGCAAUUAGUAAUGUUUGAAAUAGUAACAUGAUCUCUGUUUUGCAGGUGCAGAGUCUUUUGCCAAGGCUUAGUGGGAAGGUGGACGUCGUCCUCUUCAAUCCUCCAUAUGUGGUCACUCCAUCAGAAGAGGUGGGCAGCAGAGGUGUAGAGGCGGCGUGGGCCGGAGGAGAGCGAGCCAGACGGGUCACCGACAGGUUCCUCCCUCUGGUUCCUCAGCUGCUCUCCAGUAAAGGCCUGUUUUACCUCGUCACCAUCGCCGAGAACAAGCCAGAGGAGAUUAUCAGUUUAAUGAGCCAGUUUGGGCUGGAAGGAGAGACCCGCCUGUCAACCAGAGCUGGGAAUGAGAGGUUGUCGGUCCUGCGUUUCCAUAGAAACCAGCAGAGGUGACGGGUAAGAGUCCUAAAUGUAAGGAGUACAAUUGACAGUGAUGUACUUUAUUGUAAACUAUGGUUUCUGAUCAUUAGUCAGACAUGCAUUAGUAGAGACAUUUCAACGCUCUUGCUUCCAGACUAUGUUUCCAUCUGGUCCCAGUUGCACCGCUCCACUGGCCACCAGCUCCAGAGCUUUAGGGAACGCUUUGUGCUCGGCCUCCCUGAUUCUGGCUGACAGACUUUCCUCUGUGUCUCCAACCAACACCGGAACGGCUUCCUGGACCACGACGGCGCCUGCAUCAACCUCUUCCUAGAAGAACAGAAGAACUUUUAUUGUGUGGAUUUAUUUGAUGAGCUUUAUAUGUGUUAGCGCAACACUUACAGCUACAAAGUGGACGGUGCACCCAGUUAUCAGCACUCUGGCCUGGAGAGCCUGUUGCUGGGCAUUGACCCCUUUGAAUGAAGGCAGCAGGGAGGGAUGAAUGUUGAGGAGCCUCCCUAAAGUUAAAGUUACAGUUACUUGGGUACAAAA